CACAAGCAGUCCAUCAGAGAACGCACGGUGGGAGUUUGGUGGUGGCCGAGGAGUCGGAUCAGAGCAAUGCCUGCCAUGCCAUCAGUCACCGAUGCACCAUGUCACAGGAAACGCUGGCAGGUGCUUGUAUGGGUUGUGAUGUAUCUGCUGCCCCUAGUGGCAGGAAGCCUGUCACGUUUUCAAGUAGAAUCCGAAGCUGCGGUAGGAUUUGCUGGAAUGGAGGAGCUGCCAUUAGAGGCUUUUCCAGACACUGAGGAAGAGCUUGAGGAGGACAGUGACUCCCCAUGGCAUGGCUUGUUUGAGCCAUCUGUGCUUGUCGAGGGCGACCAACAGCCAGCGAGAUGGGAACGUUCCCCCCGCUCACCAGACACUUCUGACAUACAGACCAAAGGUGCGCGCAAGAAAAAGAAGAAAAAAGAGAAGGAGGAAAAGAAAAAGAAAGAGAAUAGCAACAGGGGACGGCACAGCAGUCGGGACUGCCGUGUAGAGAAACGUGAGAUGCGUGUACGGGACCUGGGCAUGGGUUUCGACUCAGACGAAAUUGUCCUUUUCAAGUUCUGCGUCGGCUACUGCCAGAGGUCUCGUGGGAACUAUGACUUGGCUCUACGCACUCUGCUGGCCAAUGGUAGUCUGCCCAAGCGCACCGCGAGGAAGGUUAGUGCACACCCUUGCUGCCGGCCCACGAGCUAUGAACCCGUCUCCUUCAUGGAUGCUACCACAACCUGGAGAACCAUCAAGUCCCUCUCCGCAGCAGACUGUGAGUGCGUGGGAUGAGCUGAGCUGAAAGAGGGGAGGGGGAGCAUGACCUGAAGAAAUGGUGCAACGGUCAAAGAGAAGAAAGGAGGAAUCAGGAAGCCUCCUGGGCCAUGGCUACAGAACAAGGUCGGGCGGGUUGGCCAUGGUGAAGCUCUGUGAGGGAAUAUGUUUUGGCUGUGAGUGAUUCACAACAACAGUCUAUGCAUACAAACUUACGUACUGUAAAGUACACACCAAACCUCGACAGAAAAGCUUGAAUGAGGUUAGAAUACAAUUCGACCAAGUCAGAGAUGACGAGAGACUCUUUGGACUCAAUAUGGAGAGAGUUUGAGGAUGGAAGAACAGCAACUUUGGAUCGUCCAUCUGAAUGGCUCUAUAAACAAAAACUACAUGUUAUAACUCGACAAGCAUUUGCUUACCAAGAGUUUCAACAGACUUGGAUACAGCACGAAACCCUAUUUCAUUUGUCAGACUCACUUGUUGAUCCUGGAUGUCAGUGCCCAUUUUCCUGGCCUUCAGUCUGGCAUGUUAUAUUUCAGCCAGAUUAGCAACUUUGGAUCAUUCAUUAUUAACAGCACAUUAUUGUUGUAAUUACAAUGUAAUUGCGCAAACAUAUGUGGAGUAUUAUUAAAAGCUUAGCCCGAAAGAAAACACACUGGCCAGUUAGUAUUACCCUUUCAGCUGGAAGCACUGAAGGUUGAUUGUGUUUUUCAUUUCUCAGAAUUUUUACAGGAAUGAUAUGAAUCUUACAUUUUUAAAUCCUUUUUAAUACCAUAAAUAAAGUAAGAGGUAUUAAAGGGUUAAUGUUCCA